GUGAACUCUCAAUAAAUUGGAGGCACAUUUGAGAAUUAUAAUGACCCACCAUCACAUGUGAAUUCACGUUGAUACAUUUACAACAUUCUACUUUGGUAGGUAAAGAUUCAUUGAUCACUUUUGCCCCCACUCCUUGUUUUGUGUAUAUAAAAGCAAACAAUAAAUGUAAUGCCUACAAAGUACAAACCCAAUCACCCCCAAAUAAAUUUCAUUCAUUCCUUUGUUUCUUGCUUCAAUCACCAAAACCUAUGACUGCUCUUACCUCAAACCUAAACCUUAUCCCACAACAUGGUAAAAACCAUCAACAACACCAAGGUUCUUGUGUUGUUGAGGAAAUUAAAGGGCUAAUUAAAGUACAUAAAGAUGGAUAUAUAGAACGACCCAACAUUGUUCCAUGUGUCACUUCUGAUCUAUGUCCAAAAAUAAAUGUGACUUCAAGGGACAUUAUCAUUGACAGUGUUACAAACAUUUGGGCACGUUUCUAUGUUCCAAAUUCUCCACAAAAAAAACUACCUUUGUUAGUGUAUUUUCAUGGUGGUGGUUUCUGUGUUGGUUCUGCAGCUUGGAGUUGCUACCAUGAAUUUCUUGCUAUGCUAUCUUUAAAAGUUGGUUGCUUGAUUAUGUCAGUUAACUAUAGGUUAGCACCAGAAAAUCCUCUUCCAGCACCUUAUGAUGAUGGUUUAAAUGCACUAAUGUGGUUGAAAAAACAAUUUUUAUAUCAAAAUGAGAGUAGUGAAUUUGAAUGGUGGACUAAAAAAUGCAACUUUUCUAAUGUCUUCUUAGGAGGUGAUAGUGCAGGUGGUAACAUAGCUUAUAAUGUUGCCAAAAGGGUAGGUUCAUGUGAAGGUGCAUUUUUAAGGCCUUUAAAUUUAAAGGGUCUUAUUUUGGUACAACCAUUUUUUGGUGGAAAAGAAAGAACAUUAUCAGAGAAAUGCAUGGAACAAUUAUCUGGUUCUGCUUUGAAUUUAGCAGCUUCAGAUACUUAUUGGCGAUUGGCAUUACCAUAUGGCGAAGAUCGCGAUCAUCCAUGGUGUAAUCCAUUGGUGAAAAUGGAGGAAUUGAAGCUACUGAUGAUGCCUAUGUUGGUGUGUAUAUCUGAGAUGGAUAUAUUGAAGGAUAGGAACAUGGAGUUUUGUGAUGCUUUGGGAAGAACAGGUACAAGGGUUGAAUGUGAAGUUUUUAAAGGUGUUGGCCAUGCUUUCCAGAUUCUAAGUAAAUCUCAGGUCUCUAAGAUAAGAGUUGUUCAAAUGAUGGAUUGUGUCAAAUCAUUCAUGGGUUUUGAUUCUCAGUUUUUAUUUGAUCUUGAUUAAUGUUUAAAUAUCUUUUUUUGGUGGUGUCUGGUGUUCAAAUCUGAACCUUGCAUAUAUUAUGCAUUAUCGUUACCAACUGAGCUAAGCUCAUGAAACAAAUGUUUAAAUGUCUGGGUGUGCAUAUUGGACUCUUGGUCAAUGUAAAUAUCGAAGAAAAUUGUGUUCAUAACAUUAUAGCUAUUGAUUUUGUUUUUUUUACAUUUA